AUGAUAGAGUACAUCCAGGGAGAUCUAUUUGAAUCAUCUUCCACUAUACUUGCACACGCAUGCAAUUGUCAAGGUACAUGGGGAGCUGGAGUGGCAAGAGUAUUCAAAUCAAAGUUUCCUACAGCGUUCAAGGAAUACAAUGCACAUUGCAAGAGUCAUUCUCCAACUGAACUCUUGGGAACUACAUUCUUGGCAAAUAUAGGAGAUGGAAGAUACGUAGCAUGUAUGUUUACUAGUAAUUUCACUGGAAUCCACAAACUUUCGGUUAAAGAAAUUGUACAUUUCACUAAUCUAUCUACGGCUGAUCUAGUUCUGCAAAUCAAUGGAAAGGAUGUUAGUAUGCCUAAAAUAAAUUCGGGACUUUUCGGAGUGCCUUGGGAGGAUACAGAGGAAGUAUUAACCCCAUUUACCGAUGAUGUAGACAUUAAAGUUUACUGUAUAUGA